AUGUCAAUUUUAAAUUUGGCAACACGCAUUCUUAGGAAUGCCAUCCCGUGGCGGCGUUUGGCUGCCGAAGGGGCGCGCCUGGCCCGGUGCCCCAUGUUGGCGGUGGAAGCCGUGGGUCGGCAAAGCUCUCUUCUCGAUAACUUGCGGGCCCGCAAGCCGCAAUCGUCACAAAGCACCAGAGCCACCCGCAUCUUGCUGCUGCAAAAAAUUAAAUUCGAGUGGAUUCCUGGGGGGUGCUCCGGCGGGGGUAUCUUUUUAGAUGUUUCACCCUUCUGUGAAAGCUGGCGGGGGGAAGCGCGGGGCCAAGAGAUGACGACAACUAUGCCCUCCCUUGGUGGAAGUUGA